ACAUCCGGGGCCGCGGAGCCGUCCCCCUACGGAAGCCGGGACGCCGCCCGUGCCUCUCUCGUUUCCGACAACCGUAGGUUUUUCGUGGGGGAAUCGAAUGCGGUGGCGUUUGGGGCCAGAACGCCCGGAGACCCGGCCUUGGAGCAGGCUUUCCCCCUGAGAAGCGGCGGCCCAGCGAGCCGGCAGAGUGGACAGUGAGAGAGAGAGAGAGAGAGAAAGGUCUUCCUUUUUGCCGUUGGUUCACCCUCCAAUGGCCGCCACGGCCGACGCACCGCGCUGAUCCGAAGGCAGGAGCCAGGUGCUUCUCCUGGUCUCCCAUGGGGUGCAGGGCCCAAGGACUUGGGCCAUCCUCCACUGCAUUCCCGGGCCAUAGCAGAGAGCUGGCCUGGAAGAGGGGCAACCAGGACUAGAACCCGGUGUGCUGGCGCUGCAAGGCAGAGGAUUAGCCUGUUGAGCCACGGCACCGGUGAGAACUGGUCAAAAGAAUGGAUUUUACAGAGGCUUACUCGGACACAUGUUCUACAGUUGGACUUGCUGCCAGGGAAGGCAAUAUUAAAGUAUUGAGGAAACUGCUCAAAAAGGGUCGCAGUGUCGAUGUUGCUGAUAAUAGGGGAUGGAUGCCAAUUCAUGAAGCAGCUUAUCACAACUCUAUAGAAUGUUUGCAGAUGUUAAUUCAUGCAGAUUCUUCUGAAAACUACAUUCAAACAAAGACUUUUGAGGGCUUCUGUGCAUUGCAUCUUGCUGCUAGUCAAGGACACUGGAAGAUUGUACAGAUUCUUAUAGAAGCUGGGGCAGAUCCUAAUGCAACUACUUUAGAAGAAACUACACCAUUGUUUUUAGCUGUUGAAAAUGGACAGAUAGAUGUUUUAAGGCUGCUGCUUCGACAUGGAGCAAAUGUUAAUGGAUCCCAUUCUAUGUGUGGAUGGAACUCCUUGCAUCAGGCUUCUUUUCAGGGAAAUGCUGAAAUCAUAAAAUUGCUUCUUAAAAAAGGAGCAAACAAGGAAUGCCAGGAUGACUUUGGAAUCACACCUUUGUUUGUGGCUGCUCAGUAUGGCAAGCUAGAAAGCUUGAGCAUACUUAUUUCAUCAGGUGCAAAUGUCAAUUGCCAGGCUCUGGACAAAGCUACUCCCUUGUUCAUUGCUGCUCAGGAGGGUCACACAAAAUGUGUGGAGCUUUUGCUGUCCAGUGGGGCAGAUCCUGAUCUUUACUGUAAUGAGGACAACUGGCAGUUACCUAUUCAUGCAGCUGCACAAAUGGGCCAUACAAAAAUCUUGGACUUGUUAAUACCACUUACUAACCGCAUCUGUGACACUGGACCAGACAAAGUGAGCCCUGUUUACUCAGCAGUGUUUGGAGGACAUGAAGAGUGUCUUGAACUACUACUCCAGAAUGGCUAUAGCCCAGAUGCCCAGAUGUGCCUGGUGUUUGGAUUCAGUUCUCCCAUGUGCAUGGCUUUCCAAAAGGACUGUGAGUUCUUCGGAAUUGUGAAUAUUCUUUUGAAAUAUGGAGCCCAAAUAAAUGAACUUCAUUUGGCAUACUGUCUGAAAUAUGAGAAGUUUUCAGUAUUUCGCUACUUUCUGAAGAAAGGUUGCCCUGUGGCACCAUGGAGCCAUAUAUCUGAAUUUAUAAGUCACGCAGUUAAAGCACAAGCGAAAUAUAAGGAGUGGUUACCGCAUCUCCUGCUUGCCGGAUUUGACCCACUGACUCUUCUGUGCAAUUCUUGGAUUGACUCAGUCAACGAUGACACCCUUAUCUUCACUUUGGAAUUUACUAAUUGGAGAAGACUUCCAUCAGCUGUUGAACAGAUGCUCUCUGCUCGCGCCUCACAUUCCUCUUGGGUUUUACAGCAGCGUAUUGCCUCUGUUCCGUCUCUGACCCAUCUUUGCCGUUUGGAAAUUCGGUCUAGCCUAAAACCAGAACACCUACAAACAGACAGUUUUAUCUGUCAGUUGCCACUUCCCACGAGCCUACAUAAUUACUUGCUCUAUGCAGAGAUUCUAAGGAUGAAUGAGAUUCCAGAACUGGCAGCUAUUCAAGAUGGAGAAAUCAGUGAGACUACUUAAUGGAGCUCAUUUCCUGGUCUGAAAACCACCAAGACAAAAGAGCCAUGAACAAACUCUUCAUGAUUUUACAGUUAUGAACAAUUUUUGUUUGUGUGGCUUGUUCAGUUGUAGGGAUGGGGAUGGUAUGGGGUAGUUUAAUGCAAAUGUUUCUAAUAGGGCUUCCCAGUCAAAAAUAAAGUAUUGUAAACCUCAUUUAUGUUAUUUUAGUGCAGUGUCAUUUUUGUGCAGUACAUUUUGUGUUGUAAUAUUUAUUUACCUGACCAUUUUCUAUUUCAUCCUGCUAAUGAAUGCUGCCUCUAGUGCUUAACUUGGCAUUAUUUUCACCAUGAUUCAUGUUUAUCUGGUUCUAGGAGCAAAGAAUGGAAUGCAUAAAAUGUCACUUAAAGAGUAUAUAACUGGUAUGAAUCUUUUAUUAUUGUUAUUAUUUUAUUGGGAGUUGAAUAUCUCAUGUUUGUAAAAGGAUAAGUUUUCCUAUCUUGUCAUAUUCCGUUCUCUUAAUCUAGUCACUCUUGAGAAGAAAUGAUAUUCAUUGUCUUUUCACAUGUGAACUCAGGGGGGAAACUUUUUUAAAGAAUGUAGAAAAACCAACCAUAUUGCUGCCCCUCCACCUCAUUUAUAUUUUUUAUAUUCUUAAAUAAAAAGAACCCUCACAUUUCUAAUUGGCAAAGGCAAGAACAGAUCUAAACUGAAAGAAAUGGCUCAGUUGAAAAAAUGUUAGGUCAGUUUUGAGAGAAGUGAGCAUUCUGUCACAUUUGGAAUAUUAACCCUGAGAGAAGCGGUUUUUGUGGCACUAUCUUUAUAAAGAAGGGGGUGUAUUCCUGAGUUAGUUACAAAUAAAACAUUCAGGCUCUGCUUUGCCCCAGAAUCAGAGGGUGGCUUUGUUCCCAUGAAGCAGUAAUAGCCAGGUCUAUUAAUAUUGCAGUGUUUUUCCUUUUUAUUAUGUGGGUAGGUUAUCAAAGAGUCCAGGGAAUAAAGACCUCAGAGUCCUAGGUUAAUGGGGCAUGGCCUCCUGCAUUUUUACAGUUACUUUAGGAAGGAACUAAAUGCUGAAUUGUGUGAGCUGUGUAGGAGGCUGCAGAGAAUAGCUUUGAGACAAAGGUUGUGAGAGCAUCCCUGUCACAAUAGACACCCAGAGCUGGGGUCCACAUGAGGUGAGUCUCCUGUCCUGUUGGGAACAUAUGGUUUAAAACAGAUGGUGGUAUGUCACCUGAGCUUAUCUCUGAUAGGCCUUUGCUUUUUGACAAAAGUAGUAUUGAAGGCAGACUGAGAGGUGGCAGCAAAAUUCAGAGGGAUGGCCAAGCUCUUUGAUCAGAGUAGUGCUGUUUGUAGAGUGGAGAUAGAGUUUGAAUGUGGGUGAGUAGGCAGAAAUAAGGUUUAAUAUGAACAACUACAUGGAAAUUAUGCUGUUUAAUAAAUUCCUAAGCUCUAUGUUGUAUUUUUUAAAUGUUGUCAUAUUCUUUAUUUUCCAAACCGUAUGUCUGAUUUUUAACACAUCAGUUUUUGGUUCGGGCCAAAUGUACGCAGAAUGUUUAUUUUUGAGAGUGAAUCUUUUUAUAUGUUUUGUUCGUGUUCAAAUAUAAAAUAAAAACUCAUUGUGCUCAUGUUAUUAAAAAUCUUCAAAUCAAUAAUAUCAGUGGUACCUGACUUAAGAUUUUUUGAUGUCAUGAUGGUGUGAAUACAGUAUGUAUUCAGUAGAAACCAUACUUUGAAUUUUGAACAUUUUCUGGGCUAGUGAUUUGCAGCAUAUUCUUAUUUGCAGUUCUGGCAAUGCUGGGUACUGGCAGGAGCCACGUCUCCCAGCCAGCCCAUGUGAUGCUCUGCAAAGUACUGUAUUGCUGUGCUAGGAUGUUCCAUAGGCUAUGUUAAAUGUAUUUUUAGCUUUGGGUAUUUCAACUAAUGAUGGGUUUAUAAAUGGGUAAUAACCUCAUGUUCAGUCAAGGAGCAUCUGUAUUUCAGGAACAUUUCAAAGGCUUUGGUCUUUGAAACUGAUGAAUGUUUUUGCUUUACUGUAUACAAUAUACCUUUCCUUUAGGCUCUUUUAUAAUAAAAUAUUUGUUUUUAUGACUUAUAACAAGGACUGUGUGGGAAGUUUAAUCUAAAAGUAUUUAAGGAUAGAUGGGUUAUAGUUAUAAUUUCUAACCAAAAUGGCACAGCUUUUUAGUUGAAUCUUAAGUCCUGCCCCAUGUGCACAAUGGUGCUUUGAUACCAAGGAGUGCCGCAAAGAGCUCUGACACUGUAGUUCUCCAGUGGUGGUACAUACUACCAGAGCAGGACACAAGCCAGCAGUUUAAUAACAGAUCUCACCCAUGUUAAGUACAUUUCUGCUGAUCCUGCCUGUUGUAGGGUAUUUUUCUCUGACUGUUUGAUAUAAAAACUGUAACCUGGACAUCCAUUCUUCUCAUUUCCUUUCUCCUUUUGACAAAUAACAAGCACCUUGAUGUGUAGCUUUCUUGUGGCCCGUGGCUGCCUGUAAUAGUGUUAGUCCUUGACUUGCAGCCAUGUCAUAUUUAUGUCACAUGACUAAUUCAUACUUUUUUCUCUUUUUCUCUCUCUUUUUUUUUUUUUUUGACAGGCAGAGUGGACAGUGAGAGAGAGAGACAGAGAAAGGUCUUCCUUUUACCGUUGGUUCACCCUCCAGUGGCCGCUGCGGUAGGCGUGCUGGGGCCAG